AUUCAAGAACCCUCACGUGCUCAAGCAGUAGAUUCCACUGCCCUUUUCGUCCUAACUUUAAAUUUGUUUGGAUUUUCAUAGAGUGAGAUUUCCUCCAUGACAGAUCUUUCAAAGAGCCCGCCCAUGGAUCUGAAUUUAUAUAUACAUAUAUAUAUAUAUAUAUGUAUGUAUGUAUGUAUCUACUUAUAUUUACAACACAUCGUGAUCACUAAAUCUCUUUACUUCGUAUUAUCUUGCCUUUAAAGCAUUCAUCGCUCGGGACAAUCUUACACCACACCUCUAACUUAGAAGCUCUUAAUUUGUUAUAUCUCUCUUUCUGCUUCUGUUGUUGUCUUUUCUCUCUUCUUCUUUUGCAAACUCCGUCCGUUUCCAUAGACGGAGAGCAUGCCUGCCUGAAUGUCAUCAAGGGAAAGGGAGAGAUUUGAUGAGGAGAUAGGGAAGAAGAUCAGAAGAGAAGCAGAUGCUUGGAUUCAAAUGGCGGGAAGAAGACAAAUGGCGUUUCCUCCCGGAGCGCUCAACACCAUCACUCCUUGCGCCGCUUGCAAGCUCCUGCGCCGCAGAUGCGCUCAAGAAUGUCCCUUUUCCCCUUAUUUUUCCCCCCACGAGCCUCAAAAGUUCGCGUCCGUCCACAAAGUCUUUGGUGCCAGCAACGUCUCCAAAAUGCUAAUGGAAGUGCCCGAGAGCCAGAGAGCCGACGCGGCGAACAGUCUCGUGUACGAAGCCAACGUGAGAUUACGAGAUCCGGUGUACGGAUGCAUGGGCGCAAUCUCAGCCCUUCAACAACAAGUUCAAGCCUUACAAAUAGAGCUCGCGUCCAUUCGGACAGAGAUUCUCAAGUACAAGCAGCGAGAAGCCGUUACGAUGAUGCCUUCUAAUUCCCAAGUGGCUUUGCUCUCCUCCGGCGCCGUCUCCGUCGUGGCUCCUCCGCCGCAGACACCACCUACUCCGCCGCCGCUUCCCCCUCCUCCUUCUUCUUCUGUUUUCUCUCAACCAAUCACCGUGAGGCCCUUGGAGUACGGCGAUAUCGCAAGUGAGAAUUCACCAUACUUUGGAUAAUCAUCACGUUAUUUAUUAUACUAGCGAAAAACAUAUAUAUGAAUUUAUUUAUUUUCAGUGAUUUGUGAUCUGCUGACCGCCGAAAAUAAUACAAGGGGAGAACAAUUUAUAUUUAUAAUGAUGCGGCGAGUUUUAUA